GGAACCAGAGGAAGAAAUGUCCAAACCAGCAAGACCAUACCACUGCUCCCAGUGUGCAAAGAGUUUUACCCAGUUAGGGAACAUGAAAAGACACGAGAGGACACACACAGGUGAUAAACCUUACCAUUGCUCCCAGUGUGGAAAGAGUUUUACCGAGAUAGGGUCCCUGAAAAAGCACAAGAGAAUACAUCCAGGAGAAAAGCCAUACCACUGCUCCCAGUGUGGAAAGAGUUUUAACCAGUCAAGGGACCUGAAAGAUCAUAAGAGAAUACAUACAGGAGAAAAGCGCCACAACUGUUCCCAGUGUGGAAAGAGUUUUACUCAGUUAGGGAGUCUGAAAAGUCAUAAGCGAAUACACUCUGGAGAGAAGCCUUAUCACUGCUCCAAAUGUGGAAUUGCUUUUUCAAUGUUAAACACCUUGAAAUUGCAUGAGAGAAUACACACAGGUGAGAAUCCUUACCACUGUUCCUUCUGUGGAAAGAGUUUUAGAGGAUCGCAACAGCUGAAAAGACACGAGAGAAUACACACAGGAGAAAAGCCUUACCACUGUUCCCAGUGUGGAAUGAGUUUUAGGCAGUUAAGGGACCUCAAAGAUCAUAUGCAAAUGCACUCUGGAGAGAAGUCUAACACAUGUUCUCAUUGUGGAAAGAGUUUUCUGAGGUUAAGAACUCUGAAAUUCCAUGAGCAUAUACACACACACAAAAAGGAAAAGUACCAAUGUUCCUCGUGUGGAAAGUGGUUUAUCCAGUUAGAAGACCUGAUUAUGCAUGACAGGAAACACACAGGAGGGGAUAAGACCUACCACUGCUCCCAGUGUGGAAAGAGAUUUAACUGGUUAAGGCAGCUGAAUAAGCAUGAAAGAAUACAUACACAGGAGGAGAAGACAUACCACUGCUCUCAGUGUGGAAAGACAUUUUCCCAGUCAGAGAACCUGAAAUCACAUGAGAGAAUAGAGAGGCUGUGUUCUGACUUGUGUUUCUGACUGAUCAUUUGUGUUUUUGUUUCAUGCCACGUGAAAUCAAAUUGUAUGAAACCAGAAAAAAGGUUUUUUACUUUUGUUGUUUUUUCAUUUAGAGACAUGAUCGUGUCUAAUAUCAGAUUAAAUAUUUAAAAUUGUCUAUUUGGUUUUGAUGAGCUUUGAUUGAUUUGAUAAGUAUAAACCCUCUGUUGUUCAUCAUAUGAUUUUCUAUUUGUUAAGGGAUUUUUUUUAAUCAAUAAUGACUAAUUAUGUAUACAUUUCAAUCAGGACUGACUAAUCAGAAUACUAAUUAUGUUACUGUAUAUGUAUGAAUUUUCUUUUAAUCCUAGUACUGAAUAUAAUGUGUGUAAAUAUAAUCAAGAAUUAGAACAAUGACUGGUAGAAAUGAAUGAACUUAUCGUCAGACUGGCUAGAAUGCUGAUCUACACAAGGAGACCAUGUCUCGGUCAUAAAUGAUCUAAAUUGGUGGGAGACGAUGUGGGAAGGCUUGAGAACUAUACAGCCUUUGUACCGGUGUGGAGAAGAGACGGUACGAAGACUAAUGACGUCAUUUUCAGUUUAGAACCCGUUGUAUAAUGUUUCAUGUUCAGUUCUGGAGAAUAAACGCUGCUGAUUGAUUUCCA